AACACAUGGGGGAUCAUCAGCAAAGUCAUUGACGUCAAUCUCAGAUUCAGGACAACUAGUUCGGUAAUUAAACUUCGAGCGCAGCUGCAGCUCGGAGAGAUUGCAACUCUACUACAUAAAAAGAUGAUUGGGAGCCCUGUAAUGUCAUCGUCUUCCAUGAUCGUCUGCCCUCGAGUUUCUCCCAAUGGGCUUCCUAACCUCCCACCGAAACCUAGAACUAGGCGUCUAGUGGUCAGAGCUGCAUCCCCUUCCAGUCAACCAGAAGGGAAGAGCCCUCUCACGGUUGUUUUGGAUGUGCCGAGGAGUAUAUGGAGACAGACUUUGAAACCUCUGAGUGAUUUUGGGUUUGGUAAGAGAAGUGUUUGGGAAGGUGGGGUUGGUUUGUUUCUUGUCUCCGGAGCUACUCUUCUUGCUCUUAGCUGGGCUUGGUUAAGAGGGUUUCAAAUGCGUGCCAAGUUCAGGAAGUAUCAGACCGUGUUUGAGCUUAGUCAAGCCUCUGGCAUUUGCACGGGAACACCGGUUAGGAUCCGUGGUGUGACCGUUGGUUCGGUUAUCCGUGUUAAUCCGUCCUUGAAGAACAUUGAAGCUGUUGCUGAGAUUGAAGAUGAUAAGAUUAUUAUCCCUCGGAACUCACUGGUUGAGGUGAAUCAGUCUGGUCUUCUAAUGGAGACCAUGAUCGACAUUACGCCGAAGGAUCCGAUACCGGAACCUUCGGUAGGGCCUCUGCAUCAAGAGUGCGGCAAAGAAGGUCUGAUUGUAUGUGAUAAGGAGAAGAUAAAGGGAGAGCAAGGAGUGAGUUUAGAUGAACUAGUUGGGAUAUUCACUCGUAUGGGGCGUGAUGUGGAGGAGAUUGGUGUUGCCAAUGCGUUUUCUCUUGCUGAGAGAGCUGUGUCGGUUAUUGAAGAUGCAAAGCCGUUGCUCAAAAAGAUUCAAGCCAUGGCUGAAGAUGCUCAACCUUUGCUGUCUGAGUUCCGUGAUAGCGGCUUGCUCAAGGAAGUUGAGGGUUUGACUCGAAGCCUGACCCAAGCUUCUGAUGAUAUGAGAAAGGUUCAUUCAUCGAUUUUGACACCUGAGAAUACAGAACUAAUACAGAAGUCAAUCUACACUCUGGUUUACACUUUGAAGAACGUCGAGAGCAUAAGCUCAGAUAUUCUAGGAUUCACAGGCGAUGAAGCCACAAGAAAGAACCUUAAACUACUCAUCAAAUCACUCAGUAGGCUAUUAUGAUCAUCAAGCAUUUACUUUUCACACGGGAGAGACGAUGAUGACGAUAAGCGCGUCUCGUUUUCUUUGUAGGGUCUCCCAAGGAAGGAGAAGGAAGACCUCUCUCACUUAAUAAUUUCGAGAGGUUUAUUAUUAUAUAUUAUAUAAUUUUAAAUU